UCAUAUAAAAAUCCUUCAGAGCACAGACUUGGAAGGCAAAGGGUCAGUCAGAGAGACAUUUUGGUCCUUGAACAUAAUAAUUUGGACCAAAAUCAAAGAUGAUGGAAUCCGGGGCUCACUUCUGCAACUCUUGUGGUGAACAAAUUGGACUUGAUGCCAAUGGGGAGCUGUUUGUGGCUUGUCAUGAGUGUUAUUUUCCAAUUUGCAAGGCUUGUUUUGAAUAUGAAAUCAACGAGGGGCGUAAAGUCUGCUUGAGAUGUGCCACUCCCUAUUCUGAUAGAGUAAAGGAUAAUGAUGGCACCAAGGUUUAUGAAAAUCAAUCCACAACAGCUGCCCAGAUCAAUGUUUCUCAGGAUGUUGGCCUCCAUGCUAGGCAUGUCAGUACUGUGUCCACAGUGGAUAGUGAAUUAAACGAUGAAUCUGGGAAUCCAAUCUGGAAAAAUAGAGUGGAAAGCUGGAAGGAAAAGGAUAAAAAGAAGAAGAAGAAGAAAAAGUCUGUACCUAAGGCUGAAAAUGAGGCACCAAUUCCACCAGAACAGCAGAUGGAAGAAAUACAGUCCUCAGAGGCUUCUGCUGCUGAACCACUUUCAAUGGUUAUUCCAAUCUCAAAAACGAGACUCGCACCAUACAGAACUGUGAUAAUCGUGCGGCUAAUAAUCUUGGGUCUUUUCUUCCAUUAUCGAGUUACAAAUCCUGUUGACAGUGCUUUUGGUCUGUGGUUGACAUCCAUCAUAUGUGAGAUCUGGUUUGCCUUUUCCUGGGUGUUAGAUCAGUUCCCUAAAUGGUCUCCUGUCAAUAGGGAAGCUUUUGUUGACAGGCUUUCUGCAAGGUAUGAAAGACCUGGUGAACCCUCUCAGCUUGCUGCUGUGGAUUUCUUUGUCAGUACAGUCGAUCCUCUGAAAGAACCACCAUUGAUCACGGCUAAUACAGUGCUUUCUAUUCUUGCUGUGGACUACCCUGUGGAUAAAGUAUCCUGUUAUGUGUCAGAUGAUGGUGCCGCAAUGCUGACAUUUGAGUCCCUUGUGGAGACAGCUGACUUUGCAAGAAUGUGGGUUCCAUUUUGCAAAAAGUUUUCUAUUGAACCACGUGCACCUGAGUUCUACUUCUCUCAGAAGAUUGACUACCUGAAGGACAAAGUACAACCUUCUUUUGUGAAGGAACGUAGAGCAAUGAAGAGGGAGUAUGAAGAGUUUAAAGUGCGAGUUAAUGCUUUGGUAGCAAAGGCUCAGAAAACACCAGAUGAAGGAUGGACUAUGCAAGAUGGAACCUCAUGGCCAGGAAAUAACUCCCGUGAUCACCCUGGCAUGAUUCAGGUUUUCCUUGGACACAGUGGUGCCCAUGACGUAGAGGGAAAUGAACUUCCCAGGUUGGUGUAUGUUUCCAGAGAGAAAAGGCCAGGUUACCAACACCACAAAAAGGCUGGUGCUGAAAAUGCACUGGUGAGGGUGUCUGCAGUUCUCACAAAUGCUCCCUUCAUUCUCAAUCUUGACUGUGAUCAUUAUGUGAACAAUAGCAAGGCUGUACGAGAAGCAAUGUGUUUUCUGAUGGAUCCAGUAGUUGGCAGAGAUUUGUGUUAUGUGCAGUUUCCCCAGAGAUUUGAUGGUAUUGAUCGUAGUGAUCGAUAUGCCAAUCGCAACACAGUUUUCUUUGAUGUUAACAUGAAAGGACUGGAUGGCAUUCAAGGACCUAUGUAUGUGGGAACCGGAUGUGUUUUCAAUAGACAAGCACUUUAUGGCUACAGUCCACCUUCUAUGCCCAAAUUACCAAAAUCAUCAUCCUGCUGUUGCUGCCCCUCAAAGAAGCAAACCAAAGAUGUCUCCGAGCUUUAUAGAGAUGCAAAGAGGGAAGAACUUGAUGCUGCCAUUUUUAAUCUUAGGGAGAUUGACAACUAUGAUGAAUAUGAGAGGUCAAUGCUGAUUUCACAAAUGAGCUUUGAGAAAACAUUUGGUUUGUCCACUGUUUUCAUUGAAUCUACACUGAUGGAGAAUGGAGGACUUCCUGAAUCUUCUGAUCCCUCGAUGCUGAUCAAAGAGGCCAUUCAUGUUAUUAGCUGUGGUUAUGAAGAGAAGACUGCAUGGGGAAAAGAGAUUGGUUGGAUCUAUGGUUCAGUUACUGAGGAUAUCUUAACGGGGUUCAAGAUGCAAUGCCGUGGAUGGAGGUCAGUUUACUGCAUGCCCCUAAGGCCUGCAUUCAAGGGAUCAGCACCAAUCAAUCUUUCUGAUCGAUUGCACCAAGUUCUUCGUUGGGCCCUUGGAUCAGUUGAAAUUUUCUUUAGCAGACAUUGCCCCCUCUGGUAUGGUUUUGCAGGGGGUCGCCUCAAAUGGCUGCAGAGACUGGCUUACAUAAACACCAUUGUCUACCCCUUUACAUCCCUUCCUCUCGUUGCUUAUUGUACUUUGCCUGCAAUUUGCCUUCUCACAGGAAAAUUCAUCAUACCAACGCUUUCGAACCUUGCUAGUGCUCUCUUUCUUGGACUUUUCCUGUCCAUUAUAGUAACUAGUGUGCUCGAGCUGCGGUGGAGUGGUGUGACCAUUGAAGCUUUGUGGCGUAAUGAGCAGUUCUGGGUGAUUGGAGGAGUUUCAGCCCAUCUAUUUGCUGUGUUCCAAGGAUUCCUGAAGAUGUUGGCUGGUGUUGACACCAACUUCACUGUCACUGCUAAAGCUGCUGAUGACACUGAGUUUGGUGAACUAUAUAUAAUCAAGUGGACCACACUCUUAAUUCCUCCAACAACCCUUAUCAUUAUUAAUAUAGUUGGUGUUGUUGCUGGAUUUUCUGAUGCACUCAAUGGAGGAUAUGAAUCAUGGGGACCACUUUUUGGAAAGGUCUUCUUUGCCUUCUGGGUCAUUUUCCAUCUCUACCCAUUCCUCAAGGGUCUCAUGGGUCGCCAAAACCGCACUCCAACCAUUGUUAUUCUGUGGUCAGUGCUGUUGGCUUCUGUUUUCUCUCUGGUUUGGGUCAAGAUUAACCCUUUUAUCAGCAGACCUGACAGUGCAAGCAUUUCCCAGACCUGCAUUUCUAUAGAUUGCUAAGUCAUUGCCUACAUAAAAAGUUUUGACCAUAUGUUAAAAAUAUGGAUGAUGAUGAUUGAUGGUGAUUUGAGCCGCAUUAGUUCUUUGUUGAAAUGUGUAAACAUUUUAAAAGUAUGGUUGCAAACAUGGUUGUUACUUGUUUUUUCCAUGCAUUGGACUAAAUUUCAUGUGUAAAGAUCAAGCGUUGACUGAUUAUAUCAAUGUAAAGUAGUGAUUUUUCUUUCCAUUUAGAAAUUGGAAUGAUAUGCAGAAAAUAAAGAUUAGAAUAAUA